GGAACGCCUUCGAUUCUCGUCUUCUUCCGGUGUCCGUCACGACUCACGAGAACAGUGCGGAGGAGAGAGAGAGAGAGCGCUAUAAAUCGCUGAACGGCGAAUUUCGCGCUCCGCCAAUUGCUCUCGCCUCUUCCUCCUUCUCUCUACAGCAGGGGAAGGAAAAAGGGCUCGGUUUCCAAACCCUAACCUAUCUAUACUUCGUCUGCAAACAUCAGGGAAAGCUGAUUUGGCUCAGAAUUGUGUCAGAGGCGUCAGAUCUGUGGCUCUGCUAGCGAGAAGGCCUUCAUAUGCAGCAAUGGCAUUGGAAUCAGCUUGCUAGAUAGCGAUUUUUGGCUUUUUCUUGAGAGUUUAGGCGCUUCCGUCGGUGGCCGUUCGCGGGCUCUCAAGCGCCGCCGUUGAUAUCCUCCGGAAACGAGAGUGUGUGAGUCGGGAAGCCUCGAUUAGAAAGCAGAUGGAGUGAGCCUUGAUCUCUCAUGGAAGCAAAGAGCUAAAAUCCUUGUUAAACUGCUCUUCACAUGGAAAAAGAAAACUGGUUUAGAACUUUUUCAGCAUACAGAAUUUUGCUUCAAAUGCAUUCUCACACAGGCUUUGUUUAUGACUUUUGACAAGCCUGUGCUGUGCUCACCUCAAUUUGAAGCCAGUUUUCUUCCAGUGCUGCAGUCUUGCUCAGGUCAAGGUUUUCCAGUUGGAGAUAAGGAUUUAUCUCAGCUACAUAUUGGGGACUCUCAUUGAACAACUACUACGGAGCGGUUUCAUUCAGCAGAGUCACAUUUCUUUGAUCAGAUUGUUCUGGAAUGCCCUCCUCAACAAAUAAGCCGCCUUGUGUAUUGGGAUGCUAUGGAACGCCAAGGCAUUCCAUCUUCUUUGGAAAUUUCUGUGUCUGUUGAGGGAUGGGAAAAGGGAAGCAGACCACGUAGGCUCCGUCGCAAAAGUGUUCAGUUUGAUGACCUUUUUUCAUCUGAUGAUAGCCCAAGGUUGAUAUACAUUAAUGAUCCAAGAAAGACAAAUGAGAAAUAUGAGUUCACUGGGAAUGAGAUUCGUACCAGUAAAUAUACUGUCAUCACCUUCUUACCUAAAAACCUGUUUAUCCAAUUUCACAGAGUAGCUUAUUUGUACUUCUUAGCCAUUGCUGGAUUGAAUCAGCUUCCUCCCUUGGCAGUUUUUGGUCGCACUGUUUCUCUGUUCCCCCUUCUAUUUGUGCUUUCUGUGACUGCUAUAAAAGAUGGUUAUGAAGACUGGAGAAGGCACCGGUCUGAUCGCAAUGAGAACAACCGUGAGGCUGAAGUUUACCAAUUUGGACAAUUUAGAAUAAAGAAAUGGAAAAAUAUACAUGCCGGAGAGGUGGUGAAAAUUUUUUGUGAUGAAACCAUACCUUGUGACAUGGUCUUGUUAGGGACAAGUGAUCCGAAUGGUGUAGCCUAUAUCCAGACAAUGAAUUUGGAUGGUGAGUCGAAUUUAAAGACGAGAUAUGCACGUCUGGAAACUACUUCCAUGUGUGCUGAAGUAGGUUGUUAUUCUGGGAUAAUCAGAUGUGAGCAGCCUAAUAGGAAUAUUUAUGAAUUUACAGCCAACAUGGAGUACAAUGGACACAAGAUCUCACUUGGCCAGUCAAACAUUGUGUUGAGGGGCUGCCAGCUUAAGAACACUGCCUGGAUUAUUGGGGUUGUUGUGUAUGCUGGACAGGAAACAAAAGCAAUGUUGAACAGUGCUAUCUCACCUUCCAAAAGGAGCAAACUUGAAAGCUAUAUGAACAGGGAAACUCUGUGGUUAUCAGUUUUUCUUUUUGGCAUGUGUGCAGUUGUGGCAUUAGGUAUGGGAUUAUGGCUUAAAGAGCACGAGCAUCAGCUAGACUCUCUACCUUACUAUCGAAGGAGAUACAUCACUAAUGUGAGAGGAAAUGGAAAAUAUUACAAGUUUUAUGGGAUCCCUAUGGAAAUAUUUUUUUCUUUUUUAAGCUCUGUCAUAGUCUUUCAAAUAAUGAUACCUAUAUCUCUCUAUAUAUCAAUGGAGCUUGUCCGGUUGGGGCAGUCUUAUUUCAUGAUUGAGGAUGCACAAAUGUAUGAUAAUAGUUCAGGCUCUAGGUUUCAGUGCAGAUCAUUGAACAUUAAUGAGGAUUUGGGCCAAAUAAGAUACAUAUUUUCUGACAAGACAGGUACUUUGACUGAGAACAAGAUGGAAUUCCAAAGGGCUAGCGUGUAUGGAAAGGACUAUGGAACCUCCUUAAAAACAACUGGCAGUCCAGUGAUGCGUGAACGCUUUUCUGGAGUGUUAGGACAAAGGAGAUGGAAGCUGAAAUCAGAAAUUAAGCUUGACACUGAACUUGUGAAAUUAUUGCACAAAGACAUAACUGGAAUGGAAAGAUCUGCUGCUCAUGAAUUUUUUCUUACCUUGGCAGCUUGUAAUACUGUCAUUCCAAUAAUUUCAAGUUCAUCGUCCAGUUUAUAUGAUCUAUCAUCUGAUGAAGUUGUGUCUAUUGAGUACCAGGGUGAGUCUCCUGAUGAACAAGCCCUAGUUGCUGCUGCUUCUGCUUAUGGAUUUACUCUCAUUGAACGCACAUCUGGCCACAUUGUUAUUGAUGUCAAUGGUGAGAUGCUUAGGUUAGAUGUACUUGGCCUCCACGAGUUUGAUAGUGUGCGGAAGAGAAUGUCUGUGGUGAUCAGGUUUCCUAACAAUGCCGUGAAGGUUCUGGUAAAGGGUGCUGAUACUUCAAUGUUAAGUAUUCUUGACAAUCAGAUUGACGGUUGCAGUAAUGGAACUGAGUCUGCAAGAAUAAGAAAUGUGACUGAGAAUCAUUUGAAUGAUUAUUCCUUACAAGGCUUGCGGACCCUCCUAAUUGCUGCAAGGGAACUUAAUGGUGCCGAAUUGGAGGAGUGGCAGGUGAAGUAUGAGGAAGCCAGUACUUCAUUAAGUGAGAGAGUAACCAAGCUUCGUCAAGCAGCUGCCCUUGUAGAAUGUCAAUUAAAUCUCCUUGGAGCUACUGGGGUUGAAGACAAAUUGCAAGAGGGUGUGCCUGAGACCAUAGAAUCCCUUCGACAAGCUGGCAUCAAAGUUUGGGUUCUCACAGGUGACAAGCAAGAGACUGCAAUCUCUAUUGGUCUAUCUUGCCGGCUCCUGACUGGUGACAUGCACCAAAUUAUUAUCAAUGGGACAUCUGAAGAUGAUUGCAGGCGCCUUUUGGCUGAUGCAAAGGCAAGAUAUGGAGUGAAACCUUUGAUUUACACCAAUGGAUGUGGGAAACUGAAAGAGGGUGAAUUUCUCGAUUCUACUGAGAAAUUAGUAGGCUCCAGAAAUCUUCCACUUGCACUUAUUAUUGAUGGAAACAGUCUUGUUUACAUCUUGGAGAAAGAACUCGAACCACAUCUAUUUGAUCUGGCAACAUCCUGUAGGGUUGUACUUUGCUGUCGUGUUGCACCCUUGCAAAAAGCUGGAAUUGUGGAUCUUAUUAAAAGCAGGGCAAAUGACAUGACUUUGGCAAUAGGUGAUGGAGCAAAUGAUGUUUCAAUGAUCCAAAUGGCCGAUGUUGGUGUUGGGAUAUGUGGUCAAGAAGGUCGGCAAGCAGUCAUGGCAUCCGAUUUUGCUAUGGGGCAGUUUCGCUUCCUCAAAAGAUUGCUUCUUGUUCAUGGACACUGGAACUAUCAGCGGGUCGGCUACUUGGUUUUGUACAACUUCUACAGAAAUGCUGUUUUUGUGCUAAUGUUGUUCUGGUAUGCAUAAUGACUUUAAAAACAACCAGCCUAUCUUCUGCUGAUAACACCAGAGGUUGAUUUUCCAAUGGUUUUCUUC